AUGAUUAUUAAAAAAUCUAAAAAAAAAUUUGAAAAAUUAUCUAAUGAACGAAUACAUUAUGGUGAAUGCAACGAUUGUAAACAAGAUAAUACCGGGAUGGGAUGGUGUAAAAGAUGUGAUCCGGAACGAUCUUUAAGAGAAGGAAAGACAAGUGGCAAUAAAGCAAUAGAUAAAUUACUUAACGAACUGCAACACGAAGUAGAACAUUACAAUAAAAAUAUCGAAUGGAUACCGUCUGAUAAGAUCAAGAUUAUUAAACUUAUUGGAGAAGGAGGUUUUGCCAAUGUUUAUGCUGGCAAAUGGUUAGAUGGAAUUCCUAUAGGAUGCAAAGAAAAAAGACGAUCUGAACCUAUUAUAGUUGCGCUUAAGGAACUUAAAACAAAUGAUAUAAAUGGAUACAUUAGUGAGGUAAAAAUACAUCAUAAGUGUUGUUCGGAUUCGUAUUUUUUAAGAAUUUAUGGGAUAACGAAAAAUCUUGGAACCAACAAAUAUAUGAUGGUCUCAGAAUACGCUGAGCAUGGAGAUUUGAAAAUACAUGAUGAAAUUUGGUCAUGGAGCGAUAGUGAAUCCGAAAUUUACAAAGAAUUUCUUAAUGCUGAUAAAACUCGACAAGAACAUUCUCAAAAAUCACAACAUCCUCAAGCAAUUUAUACCUCUCGCAUUUUACCUUAUGCAAAUCUUUCUACAAAAAUUCCGGAACAGGAUUCAAAAAUAAACGAAUUGGAUCUUGCUGAUGAAUGUUACAAAUGUUAA